AGCAGUUAAGGAUCCACGUAAAUUAAAGCAUGCGGCGCUUGUCCCGGGCUGCCUCCGCGAAGCCGGCCGGAGCUGUCGGUAUCAACAAUCAAGUGCAAUUCGGCAUUCUUCCUCUUUGCUCUUAUAUACCUCCUUCUCUCUGGAAUUCACUGCUUUCCUUCUCAAAAACCCUCUCAAAAACCUUUUUGGGUGCUGCUUGUAUACCAAAUACCUCUGCAUUGUAUCAUGGCUUGUCCUCGUGUAUUCAUCGCUCGUCACGGCGAGACGGAAUGGUCGCUUUCCGGACAACACACAUCGUUCACCAAUCUCCCUUUGACGCCCAACGGCGAGCGCCGAGUGAAGGCGACCGGCCAAGCGAUGGUCGGCAAAGACCGUCUGAUUGACCCCCGUCACGUUCUGAAAGUGUACAUCUCGCCGCGCCUGCGUGCGCAGCGCACUUUCCAGCUGCUGAUGGGCGACAACAAGUCGCUGAUCGGCGAGGACCGUAUCGUGAUCGACGACCGUGUGCAGGAGUGGAACUACGGCGACUACGAGGGCCUCAAGACGAAGCAGAUCAGGGCGCUGCGGACCGAGCGCGGGCUCGAUUGGCCGGCGGACGAGGCGAGCGGGAAAGAGGCCAAGGUCUGGGAUAUCUGGUCGGACGGGUGCGAGAACGGCGAGAGUCCGCUGCAGAUCACCGAGAGACUCGAUGAUGUGAUUAAGGAGAUCCAGGAGUUGCAGCGUACGCACCAGGGCCAGCCCAGGCAGGAUAUCCUGGUCGUUGCGCAUGGACAUAUUCUGCGCUCGUUUGCGAUGCGCUGGGUCAAAAGAGAUAUCAAAACUAACCCCGCCUUGCUGCUCGAAGCCGGUGCGAUUGGCGUUGUCAGCUACGAGCAUAACAAUAUCGACGAGCCGGCUAUCUUGCUCGGUGGUGCGUUUAUAGUGCCGGAUACCGAGGAGGAGAAGACUGAGAAAGAGUCAAAGUAGGCUCUGGGAUCGAAAAUUUUGUGAAUCUGUUUUGUAUAGAUGUUGUGAACUUGGUUUGUAUAGACGGAGAUUCUGUAUUAUAUCAGCAGAACAGAGGCUGUCUCUGUGU